AUGAAUCGUUUGUUCGGUAAAAAAAAGGGUACCACUAAGCCCACAUUGGAGGACGCCAGCGUUCGUCUUAACACGCGUAAUGAGGUGGUGGACGCUCGGGUGGGAAAAAUCGAUGCCGAACUCAUGAAGCUAAAGGACUGCAUUCUCAAGACACGUGGGGCAACCCAGCAGCGGUACAAGCAGCGUGCCGUGCAGUUGAUGCAGCAGAAGCGCAUGUACCAGGGCCAGCAGGACAUGAUGAUGCAGCAACAGUUUAACAUGGACCAGCUGCAGUUUACGACGGAGGCGAUGAAGGACACAAAGGUGCAGCUGGAUGCGUUGAAGGAUGCAACGAGGAGUCUUAAACGCGAGUUUAGGCGGGUGGAUCUAUCAAAGAUUGAAAACCUGCAAGAUGAGUUACGUGACAUUUACGAGGACACGCAGGAGGUGCAGGAUAUUCUCGGCCGCGCCUAUGAUGUGCCGGAGGACAUUGAUGAGGAAGAGAUGAUGGGGGAGUUGGACGCACUUGCGUUGGACAUGGAGAAAGAAACGGACUCCAGCUACCUUGCCGACGCUCUUGCCAUGCCAGGAGCAAAAUUGCCAGAGCUACCCGGAAAGGAGAAACCGCAGAAGGAGACGGAGGAGAAGGUUGACCCCUAUAGUCUGGAGGCGCAGUUAGGUUUGUAA